CUAAAAGAAGAAGAAGGUCGGGGUGCGCAUGCGCGUCAUAACAGCCCGUAGUGGCCGUGGGGGUCACCGUGGUUCAGGCUCAGCCCGGUUCUGUCGGUAACUGAGCGGUCCACAUGUUCAGGCUGCUCCUCCGGAGGCUCCGGCCCCUCAGCGGGGCUCCGGGGCUCCUCUCUGCCGGCUCAGCUCGCUCCUCCAGCGGCCUCUCUGCCGCCCGGGUCCGCGGCACCUUCAUGGACUACUUCCGGCAGAAACACGGACACCUGCUGGUUCCGUCCUCCCCGGUCCGGCCUCGAGGAGACCCCAGCCUGCUGUUCGUCAACGCCGGCAUGAACCAGUUUAAGCCGGUCUUCCUGGGGACCGUGGACCCCCGCAGCGAGAUGGCCUCGUACCGCCGAGUGGCCAACAGUCAGAAGUGCGUCCGAGCCGGCGGCAAACACAACGACCUGGAGGACGUGGGCCGGGACCUGCACCACCACACCUUCUUCGAGAUGCUGGGGAACUGGUCCUUCGGAGACUACUUCAAGGAGGAGGCGUGUCAGAUGGCGUGGAGCCUCCUCACUGAGCAUUAUGGGAUACCUGCAGACCGCCUGUACGUGUCGUAUUUCGCCGGAGACGCGGCGUCGGGUCUUCCUGCCGACCACGAGACGCGGAACAUCUGGUUGGACAUCGGGGUCCCUCCGGGUCGCCUCCUUCCGUUCGGCCUGAAGGAGAACUUCUGGGAGAUGGGGGACUCGGGCCCCUGUGGCCCCUGCACCGAGAUCCACUACGACCAUGUGGGAGGACGAGACGCCGCGGCGCUCGUCAACGCUGACAGUCCUGACGUGGUGGAGAUCUGGAACCUGGUCUUCAUGCAGUACAACAGGGAGGUGGACCAGGGUCUGCAGCUGCUGCCCCAGUUCAGUGUGGAUACUGGGAUGGGACUGGAGAGACUGGUGAGCGUCCUGCAGGGUCAAAGGUCAAACUACGACACCGACCUCUUCGCCCCGCUGCUCCACGCCAUCCACCAGAAGUCGAGGGCGGGGUCGUACGGCGGCAGGACGGGCGCAGCGGACCAGGGGAGGGUGGACAUGGCGUACCGAGUGGUAGCUGACCACGUCCGCGCUUUAUCGGUCUGCAUCGCUGACGGCGUUCACCCGGGCAUGUCGGGGGCAGAGUUGGUGUUGAGGAGGAUCCUGCGGCGGGCGGUCCGGUUCUGUGUCGAGGUCCUUCAGGCUCCUCAGGGGACGCUGGCCAGCCUGGUUCCAACUGUCGUCCACAUACUGGGGGACGUGUAUCCGGAGCUGCACAGGGAGGUGGACCGGAUUGUGGACGUCAUCAACGAGAACGAGGCUCACUUCCUGUCGUCUCUGCAGCAGGGCAGCAGGCUGAUCCACCGGACGCUCAGCAAGAAGGACUACAAACAUGGAGUCUUUCCCGCCUCGGUGGCCUGGUCUCUGCACAGGGACCUGGGUUUCCCUCUGGACCUGGUGGACCUGAUGUUGGAGGAGAGAGGAGUCCAGGUGGACCGUCAGGAGCUGGACCGCCUGAUCGCAGAGAACCACAAGGUGAGGUCUGACCUUCAUGGCGCCCAGCCUCAGGUGGCGGUGGACGUCCUCAGCCUGGCAGAGCUGCAGCGGCUCGGAGUUCCUCACACUGACGACAGCCUGAAAUACCGGUACAGACUGGAGCAGGACAGAUACGGUACGACCUGGACAGUGUUCCCAGCAUGCCGUGCAACAGUGCUGGCUCUGUAUGACGGUCAGACUCUGGUGUCCGAGGUCAGUGAGGGACAGCGCUGCGGCGUCAUCCUGGAUCAAACCUGUUUCUACUCUGAGCAGGGGGGGCAGUCACAUGACCAGGGCUACUUCACCCGGGACGGACUGCAGGACAUCCUGUACCCUGUGGAGGCCGCGGUCCAGGCGGGAGGGUACGUGGUCCAUCAGGUGACUGCGGCCGAAAGCCUGAAGACUGGAGACCAGGUCCAGCUAUACCUGGACCAGGUCCACAGGUUGUCCUGCAUGGUGAACCACACAGCGACUCACGUCCUGAACUUUGCUCUGAGGGAAGUUCUGGGUCUCUCAGUUAAGCAGAGAGGAUCUCAUGUGUCAGCUGAUCGCCUCCGCUUCGACUUCAGUGUCAAGGGUUCACUGAGCGUUUCUCAGCUGCAGCAGGUAGACAGGUGUGUUAACGACAUCAUCUCAGCCAAUCAGAUUGUCUACAGCCAGGAGCUCCCUCUGCAGACGGCCAGGUGCAUCCACGGCCUGAGGACAGUGGACGAGGUGUAUCCGGACCCUGUUCGGGUGGUGUCUGUGGGGAUUCCGGUCUCUGAGCUGCUGGACGAUCAGACAGACAGGCAGACGUCUGUGGAGCUCUGCUGUGGAACUCACCUGCUGCAGACCGGAACAAUCCAGGACCUGGUGGUGGUUUCUGAGCGGCAGAUGGUGAAGGGAAUCAGUCGGAUCGUGGCGGUGACGGGACGGGACGCAGCACGGGCUCGGGAGGCGGGUCAGGUGUUGUCUCAGGAUGUGGACUCUCUGUCGGCCAGACUGACAGGCUCCGCCCCCUCCAGCCUCGACUCCGCCCAGCGCCUCGCCAAGGAGGUCGGGGUGCUCUCUGAUGCUGUAGAUAAUACCCCCGUCCCCCAGUGGACGCGCAGAGAGCUGCAGAGUCGACUGCGAGUCCUGCAGAGGACCAGCAACACCGCCGUCAGGAAGCUGGAGACCAGAGAGGCUGCAGUGCGAGCUCAGGCUCUGCUGGGGAAGAACGGCAGGAAGGACGUGCAGGUGGACUCUGUGGACACGGACUCUCUGUCGGUUGUCAUGAAGACGGUGAACCAGCUGAGCGCCGCCUCUCCUCGCAGUCACGUGAUGCUGCUCGCUCACCAGAGGCAUUCUGGGAAGGUUCUGUGUGCCUGUCAGGUUCCCAAGGACUCUGUGGCCCUCUCUGCCUCUGAUUGGGCAGUGGCGGUGUGUCAUCACCUGGGGGGCAGCGCCGGCGGCUCCGCCCUGGUUGCAAAGGGAACAGGAAGCAGCAGUGACAUCACUGAGGCUCUGAGAUGGGCGGAAGAGUUCGCCCGCCAGAAAACAGGGCGCUGAUGUCAUAAAGCCAGAGAUUAUGACAUUCUGACAUCACAGCGCCUCCUGCUGGUGGCUGCUGGGAACUGAGAGGGUCUGAGGGACUGUUUCCUGUUUGGACAGGAAGUGUGUGGGCGGGACCACCUUUAAGAACCAAUCAGAUGUCUGUGGGAGAGUGAGGUGUGGUCUGACUGUGGUGGGCGGGACAUCCUGCUGCUGUCAGCCAAUCACGUUAUUUAUUUUGUUUACACAUUUCAACAUGAUGCUUCCUGCGGUCAGAGUGCACCUGACUAAAGGUACAGGUGAGAAUAAGCCCCGCCCACAGCUGCAGGCAGGCUCCUCCGAUUGGUUUCAUAUUAAUAAAUCAGUGCUCACAGA